AUGUCAAUGGUGGAUAAAGGACUUGUAUUAGUAACCGGCGGUUCUGGUUUCAUUGGUAGUCAUACAAUUGUGGAACUUAUUAAUGACGGUUAUGACGUCAUUACACUGGACAAUUUAAGUAAUUCAAAUCAAAAUUGCAUACAACGCAUUGAACUAAUCACUGGAAAAAAACUUCCUUUUUAUAAAGUAAACCUGUUAGACAAAGAAACGUUGAAUGAUAUCUUCGAUAAACAUAAAGUCGACUAUGUGAUUCACUUCGCUGCUUUGAAAUCUGUGUCAGAAUCAACGGAACAACCAUUACAGUAUUAUGAAAAUAAUGUUGUGGGUUUACUGAAUUUAUUAAGGGUGAUGAAAUCACACCGUGUUAAGAAUAUUGUUUUCUCCAGUUCAGCCACCGUUUAUGGGGAGCCUCAGUUUUUACCAUUAACUGAAAAACAUCCUAUAGGCAAUUGUCAAAAUCCAUAUGGUGGUACAAAAUUUUGCUGUGAAGUUAUUCUAAAAGAUUUAUAUGAGUCUGAUCACUCAUGGAAUAUUAUAAGUUUACGUUAUUUUAAUCCAGUCGGUGCACAUUCCAGUGGAUUAAUUGGUGAAGAUCCUAAUGGAAUUCCAAAUAAUCUAAUGCCUUAUGUAACUCAAGUGGCUAGUGGUUUGAGACCUAAAGUUAAUGUUUAUGGAAAUGAUUAUCCAACUAUUGAUGGAACAGGUGUUCGUGAUUAUAUUCAUAUUGUUGAUUUGGCUGUAGCACAUACUAUGUCAUUAAAUAAAAUAAAACAGAAUUGUGGUUUAAAGAUAUAUAACUUGGGAACAGGUGAAGGACAUUCUGUAUUAGAAAUGAUUCAUGCUAUGGAGAAAGCAAGUGGCAAAAAGAUUCCUUACACAUUUUGUCCAAGGCGACCUGGUGAUUGUGCAAGUGUUUACUCUGAUGCGUCUUUGGCCCUACAAGAAUUAGGAUGGAAAUCAAAAUAUGGAAUUGACAAAAUGUGUGAAGACAUGUGGAAUUGGCAAGUGAAAAAUCCACAAGGUUAUCUUACUCUUAAUCAUUCAAGUGAUAAAUAA